AUGGGCGCCGGGGGCCGGCGGGGGGCGGCAGCCGUGCUGCUGAUGGUGGUCGUCGCCGCGCUGCUGGUGGGCGCCGCGGGCCACCUGUACCCUGGAGAGGUGUGCCCCGGUAUGGAUAUCCGGAAUAAUCUCACCCGGCUGCAUGAGCUGGCCAACUGCUCGGUCAUUGAAGGACAUUUGCAGAUUCUGUUGAUGUUCAAAACAAGACCUGAGGACUUCCGAGACCUCAGUUUCCCCAAACUCAUCAUGAUCACUGAUUACUUGCUGCUCUUCCGGGUCUAUGGACUGGAGAGCCUGAAGGACUUGUUCCCCAACCUCACGGUCAUCCGAGGCUCGCGCCUCUUCUUUAACUAUGCAUUGGUCAUCUUUGAGAUGGUUCAUCUGAAGGAACUUGGCCUCUACAACCUGAUGAACAUCACCCGGGGUUCCGUCCGCAUCGAGAAGAACAAUGAACUCUGCUACCUGGCCACCAUCGACUGGUCUCGCAUCCUGGAUUCCGUGGAGGAUAAUUACAUCGUGCUGAACAAAGAUGACAAUGAGGAGUGUGGGGACAUUUGUCCAGGCACUGCAAAGGGCAAGACCAACUGCCCUGCCACUGUCAUCAACGGACAAUUUGUGGAGCGGUGCUGGACACACAGCCACUGCCAGAAAGGUAUGUCAGAGUUCUCUGGAUUCUAAACCAUUUCAUAUGACUUGAUUCAUUAAAAAGAUGCUGGAAAUGUUCACUAGUUCAGGUGGUGACAAAUCUUGUUUUGCAAAGGCUCAGAUAAUAAAUAAACUUUAAACUUUGCAGUCUAUACAGUCUCUAUUGCAACUACUCAACCCUGCUAUUGGGCUGGGGAA